AGGAUCGUCUCAGGUUGAUGGCGUCAUUCUCUGGCGCCAAAACAGUCUCCUCUCAGCUUCUUCCCAGAGUAUCUCCAUUGUGGACGUGCACACUUAUAUAGAAUAAAAACAAAACCACGCGUGUGGUGUUUAAUGUUUCACCCACACCUGCGAUUUAUUAGCGCGUCUGUUGGAUCUUAGCCCCUGUCGGUGUCGCCAUGAACGACGAAGAUGAUUCGAUGUCAAGUUUUCAUUCAGAACAACUAACGUUACAUGCUAAUGUGGCGUCGGUUCCUGAUGGACUUUGCUGGGUGUCAAUUCUGUCCUGUCUGCUGCUUGCGUGCUCAUAUGUUGGAAGUUUAUACGUCUGGAAAAGCGAUUUACCAAGGGAUCAUCCUGCAGUGAUAAAGAGACGCUUCACCAGUGUAUUGAUUGUAUCUGCUCUUUCGCCAGUGUUUGUAUGGGCAUGGAAAGACUUCACAGGCAUCCAGCCUGGUCCCUCACUGUUUGCCCUUAUGGGGAUCCGUUUGGAGGGUCUAAUUCCUGCUAUCAUUCUACCAUUGCUACUGACCAUGGUGCUGUUUUUGGGACCUCUGAUCCAGUUAGCCAUGGAUUGCCCAUGGGGGUUCAUUGAUGGGAUGAAAGUUGUAGUUGACCCAUGUUUCUGGAGUCUGUGUCUGAGUGACAUGCGCUGGCUGAGGAACCAGGUUGUGGCACCAUUGACAGAGGAGCUGGUUUUUCGGGCAUGCAUGCUUCCUAUGCUUGUGCCCUGUGCCGGCCCCUCCACAGCAAUCUUCACAUGCCCAUUGUUCUUUGGUGUCGCUCAUUUUCACCAUGUAAUUGAGCUCCUGCGGUUCAGACAGGGCACUGUCUCAGGGAUUUUCCUCUCUGCAGUGUUCCAGUUCUCCUACACUGCAGUAUUUGGAGCUUACACAGCCUUUAUUUUCAUCAGGACAGGUCAUUUGGUGGGUCCUGUGCUGUGCCAUUCCUUCUGCAACUACAUGGGUUUUCCCGCUCUCAGCACGGCUCUGGAUCACUCGCAGCGCCUCACCAUCCUCUUCUUCUACGGGCUGGGGGUCGUCCUCUUCCUCCUCCUCAUCUUCCCCAUGACCGACCCGCACUUCUACGGCCUGCCCACACCCGUCUGCACCCUGACCUCCACGCCUGGCUCCAUCUGCUCCUGAUCCAUCCAAACCUCCAUCCUGCGUUUCACCAGCUCUUUCUCUCCAGCCAUUUAAACAGGAGUGGCUGUUUUGCUGCUAGUUUCACCAGGUGAGCGAGGGACAGCUGGAGAACAGGUAUGAAAAUUCACAGCCUCCGUGAGACGUGUGGAAGAACUCGGUGUCUGCAAAACAUGGCCAUUUUUGUUUUUCAACCAUUCAGCCGAUGUUGCAUUAUAAAGUGACUUUAGCUAAGAGCCAGGCCUACAAUUGAAGAAGAUAAGUUUAUUAUAUGUGUCUGCAUGUUUAAAUGACAAUAUUGUCAGUGUGUUUUUCAUGCGAUCGGUGCUGGGGAUAAAGAUCAGACACUAUUACGGGUUUCCUAGAAAGAUUUAUUCGCAGAAAUGUGCAUCGCUAAAAAUGCAAAAUUGUCCUGUGGUAAUAUUAGAAUCUUGCUUACACACACCU